AUGCUGCUCGGGUAUAGGUUCGGCAGUUACUUGGUGCAUAGAUUUGACAAUUGGCUCAACGGUACGUCUGUAAACAGGCUCUGUCAGGACUCCGUGCGCCGCUGCGUUGGGCACAAGUGCGAGCGAGGAGGGGCGGCGCCAGGCGCGUGGAGAAGGGAAGGUGACGGCGCGCAAGUGACUGGGGCUCGAGGGAGGGCCGGGCCAGCAGCUGCAGCUGCAGCUGCCACUGCCACACGCGCGGGCCGUGGCUGCACGGCGAGGGGCGCGGCUACAGGGGCAGGCGGGCUGGACGAGCUGCGCGAGCGGGGUGGGGGGGAGGCGGAGGGACGAGCGAGAGGGGACGCGCAGCAAGGGUGCACAGAGGGAGGCGAGAGGAGCGAAGGCGGCGAGAGGAGCGAAGGGGGCAGAGGCGAGGGGAUGGUGGCGCACGGCCCGACAGGCGGUGCGUGCGAGGAUGAGGCGAGCGCCGCGCGCCGAGGCCGCGGGUGGCAGCGAGAGGAGCGGGCGGAGGGGCGGGCAUGGGAGGCGGGGGGCGAGCGGCGGGUGAUUGUGAUUUCGGGCCCCACGGCCGUGGGCAAGUCGCGCCUGGCGCUGGCCGUGGCGCAGGCGGUGCGCGGCGGCGAGGUGGUGAGCGCGGACUCGGUGCAGGUGUACCGCCACCUCAACGUCGGCUCCGCCAAGGCCUCCCCCAACGAGCAGCGCCGCGUGCCCCACCACCUGCUGGACAUCCGCGAGCCGUGGCAAGCAGCACCCUGCCAGCAGCACCCUGCCAGCAGCAGCAUCCCCCCUCCUUCCCCCCGUCAUCCCCCAUCCUCCCCCCCCGUCAUCCCCCAUCCUCCCCCCCCCGUCAUCCCCCCUCUUUCCCCCAUCAUCCCCCCUCCUUCCCCCAUCAUCCCGCCUCCUCCCCACAUCAUCCCCCCUCCUUCCCCCAUCACCCCCCCCUCCUCCCUCCGUCAUCAACCCUCCUCCCCCCAUCAUCCCCCCUCCUCCCCCCGUCAUCCCUCCUCCUUCCCCCGUCAUCCCCCCUCCUCCCCCAUCAUCCCCCCUCCUUCCCCCAUCAUUCCCCCUCCUCCCCCCAUCGUCCCCCCUCCCCCCCCUUCAUCCCGCUCUCCCCCCCCAGAGUUCACGGCGGGCGACUUCUACGAGGCGGCGCGGGCGGCGGUGGAUGGCGUGGUGCAGCGGGGGGGCGUGCCGGUGGUGGUGGGCGGCACGGGGCUGUACCUCGCAUGGCUGCUGCACGGCCGCCCCGCCACGCCCCCUUCCUGCCCCAACCUGGAGCGCACCGUGGCCGCCGAGAUCCACGCCGCUGUCAUGCGCGCCCGGCGGGCCAGGAGGGGUAAGAGGAGCGUAGGGGCGGUUGGUGGGGCAGAAGAGGCAGCAGGUGGGGAUGCAGCAGAGGGAGUGAUGGAGGGACGGGCGUCAGCAGCGGACAUAGUGAGGGGCGGCUUGGAGAUAGCGUUGAGUGCCGACGAGAGGAGCGAGGAGGGCAACGAUGGUGCGGGUGUGGGUGUGGGGGGAGGUAGCAUGGUUGUGGGGGGAAUGGAGGGGGAGACGGGGCAGGACGAAGUGUGGACAGGGGGAGAGGCGAGGGAGCGGGGGUGGGCGAGCAGGCAGCCGCGUGUGCGGUACACAGAGGAGGGCGACUGGGAGGCUGCUCUGGCUGCUCUUGCUGCUGCGGGAGAUCCAAUCACCGCAGGCCAGCUGGCACGGAAUGACUGCCUGUGCCUGUCUCCCGUCCGUCAGGCCACGGGUCGGCCUCGAUCCGAGAUCACCGUGCCUUCCCACCACGCCAAACACACCGCCCCCCCUGCUGCUGCUGCUGCUGCUGCUGCUGCUGCUGCGGCCUCCUCGCCACCACCAUUCGCCUUCCACUGCUUCUUCCUGGACGCCCCUCGCCUGCCGCUGUACCGCCGAAUAGACAGACGCUGCGAAGAGAUGGUGCAAGGCGGGCUGCUGGAGGAGAGUCUAGCGCUGCUGCGCGUGGGGCUGCUGCCCGACUCCUCCUCGCCCACGCGCGCAAUCGGCUACCGCCAGGCCAUGUGCUUCCUGCUGCACUGCCACCGCCUCAUGGAGCAAGUGGGGAGCAGUGAGGUGCCAGGGCAGCAAGGGCAGCAGGUGGAGGUGCAGGCGGCGCUGCAGGCGGCGCUGGUGGCGUUCAUCUUGGAGUUCCAGCAGGCGUCGCGGCGCUACGCCAAGCGCCAGAUCACAUGGUUCCGCUCCCAACCGCUCUUCCAAUGGCUGCCCGCCCAUACCCCCCUGGACGAGCUAGUGGAGAUGGUACUGCGGGACUUUGAUGGAUUCAUGCGUUCGGAGGGGCAGGCGGGUGGGGAGGGGAGGGGAGGGGCAGAGAGCAAGGGGAGGCAGGGUGGUGGUGGAGAAGACGGCAGUGGAGGGGCGUGGGACAAGGCGGUGAGGCGAGAGCAGCGCAGGGAGAGGGCGGAGGAGGAGAGGGCGCUCAAGGGGUACCGGGCGAAGCUUGAUGGACGGUGCUGCACCCAGCAGUGCAUGAUGGUGCGCCCACUGCUGGGGAGACAGCACCAGUGCAGCCGUCCGUGCACCUUACCGUGCUGCCAUCCCCCACCCCACAGGAUCUACUGCGACCAGCAGGCCAUCGAUGCCACGCUGGCGUGGAUUCGAGCCAACGUUACGCUACACCAACCAUGCUCACAGGAUGAGCAAGUCAGCGCUGCUGCUGCAGGUGUGCCCGGGAGCCCAGAAGCCGCAACACAGCGUGCUCUGGCCACGUGA